AUGCAAAUGGUCUCCACGGGCCGGACUGCGGUGAACAUUAACGGCGAGAUUGGCCCAUACUUCCCCACCUUCUGUGGGGUGUGUCAGGGCGAUCCCUUCUCCCCGUUCCUCCUCAACAUGGUGGUUGAUGGCCUGGCAGCCAUCUUAGAUAAGGCCAAGGCUGCAGGCCAUAUCAAGGGCAUAGUCCCGCAUCUAGUAGGAGGGAACGGGAUUUCCCUCCUCCAAUAUGCGAAUGACACCAUUAUCAUGGUGGAAGGAUAUGCGAGCGACAUCACGAACUUGAAGUUCCUCCUGCUCUGCUUUCAGCAGAUGUCUAGCCUCGGGAUUAACUUCAAUAAGAGUACAGUGAUGGUUUUGGGCUACUCCGAUGAUGAACGGCAGAGCAUCGCGGACCGUCUUAACUGUACACUUGGGAGCUUCCCCACGACCUAUUUGGGGAUACCCAUUAGUGACUCGAGGCUCACGGUGGUCGAGCUGCGCCCCACGAUGGCCCGGACUGUGCUCAUUAACUCGUCCCUAUCCAGCCUGCUCUUAUUCAUUAUGAGCUUCUACAGCCUGCCUGAGACUCUGCACCAUGAGAUUGCUAGAGUUCAGGGGCGCUUCUUCUGGGCUGACGAGGGCGACAAACAGAAGUACCACAUGGUUCGGUGGACUGAGAUCUGUAAGCCUCGCGAUCAGGGCGGUCUCGGGAUCAUGUCCUCCAAACGCAUGAACAUUUCACUCCUGACUAGGUGGCUUUGGCGGAUUACGAACGGUGAGUGUGGCUUAUGGCUCCGCAUCAUCCAGCAGAAAUACCUCCGUGGCCAGCCGCUCGCCUUUUGUCAGCGGUCCGGUGGCUCCCAGUUCUGGCAAUCCAUCAUACAGCUCCUCCCAGUCCUCCGCAUUGGGACCUCGAUUGCGGUUGGAUCUGGCACCGCCACGCUGUUUUGGUUCGAUCGCUGGGCUAGGGACGCCCCCUUCGCGGCUCGUUUUCCUGACCUGUUCACCAUCGCGGUAGACCCGCGAAUUUCUGUCGCGGUAGCCCUUAUUGACUUAGGGAAACUCGCGUUCCGGCGACCGUUUGGACCGGCUGAGAAUGCUGCUUGGCAUGACUUGCUCGACUGCAUCGCGCUGCACGAGCCUGAGCUAGAUGUGGGAGAUGAUCGCACCAGGUGGCGUCUAGAGCCAUCUGGUCUAUUAUCCACUAAAUCACUCUACCAGGCUAUCGCCCCCUCUCCGGGAACCGAGGCUCUUACCACCAUCUGGGAGAUCCGGCUCCCCUUGAAAAUUAGGAUUUUCUUGUGGCAAUGGAUCCGCGGCCGCCUUCCGUCCGGUGUGGAGGUCCUGAAACGCAACGGCCCUGGCGAUGGGCAUUGCAAAGAGGAUUCAAACCAUAUUUUCUUCACCCGUGUGUCCGCGCAGUUCCUAUGGAGCUGUUUCCGUGAAAUUGUGGGUGGAAACUGGGAUCACAACAACUUUCCCGCUCUCUUCGCCGAACUCCAGGCAUUACCGCCCUCGUCUCGCCACAUUAGGUGGUUGACCAUCGGCGUGCUUGCCUGGACGCUGUGGACUGUUAGGAAUAAGCUUGUGAUUCAGUCUUUGGCGGCCGCUUAG